AGCGAAUUCACUUCCCGUGCACUCACUGCACAAGCGAUUUCAACCGUAAAGCCGACAUGGAGCGCCACGUCGACAACAUGCAUGUGAAGCGGUCUGCAUUUUGGUGCCAGGUAGCCGGGUGCCCGCGUAGCCAGAACUUCUUCCACGGUCGUCCAGGGAGGCCAUUCCCCCGUGCCGACAAGCGCAAUGAGCAUGCAUGGAAGAUUCAUGGACUCAAGGUCUGAUGGGCGCUUGUCCGCGAAGCAAGUUGGGUGAGCAGUGGGCCACGGAGAAUGAGACGAACUGGGGACGGUCGAAGGUAUCUGAGAUAGAGAGAUGGUGGAUGUUGGGACAAAUUGCAAGAUCGUGGGAGGAGAUGGGUUGAAGGUAACGGCCGAUUUGAUUUAGUUAGCUUUGAGUUUGGUUAUUGCUAGAUAAGAACGCCUUUUGCUUUGCUUUCAUUAAUCUAAGCUGGAAGUGCUUCACGGAUAUCUAACUUCCGUGCCUAUUCAAUUGUCUAGCAGAUCGAUGUGGUCGAACAUUGGCGCUUGAAUAUCGGGG